AUGCCUCCACUCACCACGCACUACUCUGAGGCGGGCCCCUCUGGCACCGGCGGUCCCGGCCGCGGCGGCGGUCCGCACCGCGCUCCCCUCAAGCGUGGCGACGCCUGUCUGUACUGCCGCAAGCGUCGCAUUCGAUGCUCUGCGACCAAGCCCAGUUGUCACCACUGCUCCAAGCUCAAGCGCGAAUGUGUUUACGACACUUCAAAGCCCGUGAGCCGCGUUCGCCAGCUCGAGAACAAGGUUGCCGAACUCGAGGAGAGCCUCCGCGCCGCGCACGCCACGAUUCAAGCCCAAGCCCAAGCCCAAGCUGCAGCCGUCGGUGGAGCUCAGGUGGCCGGAGGCAUGGCCAUCAUGCCAGACCCGCUUGGAGUGCCGCCGUCGACUUCGUAUUCCACCGGCUCCAGCUCGCUCGACCAUUCAACCGCGGCGCUCACACCCGGCUCUCACAUGCAGCCGCUGGGUGGAGGUUCGCUUCAGUACACCCCCAUGGGUGCUCACAUCAGCCAGUUCCCCGCGCAGCACGUGCCGAGCCCGUCACCUCACUUCGGCCACCCAAGCCCUACGCCAUCGCUGCAGCCUCGUCGCGACAACUCGUUCGAGCAAUGGGAUAACCUUGACCAGAGUUAUGUUUCCCUGGACCCUGAGCGGCCAAGUUCGGGCACGACGUACGGCCACGGCGGCCACGGGCACAGCGUACCUCGCCCAGCUACGCAGGCGGGCUACUUUACGCACCAACACCAUACCCAACAGCCGGCGACCAUGUUGCAGACUCCUGGCGGAGCCGGCGUCCAACCGUCUGGCGCAUCGGCAGUCCUGAGCCAGACCCAAGUUUUGCCGUCCAGCACCCCACCCCGAGCUCGGUCCGAGAGUGCCGUCCCUCAAGUGUCGACGGGUGAGGGUUAUGCUCCCAGGGUCAUGCCCGUGCCUGAACUCGGACUCGCCGCCACGCCGAAUCCCGCCGCCCAACAGCAGCAGCGUGCUCACCAGCAGCAAGUGCAGACUCCGACGUACGGCAGUGGCGCAGGCACUGGCACGGCCCCGAUGCAGUCGUUCUACGCAUACCCCAGCGAAGACCCCGAGAGCAACAUUAGCUCGCGCGCCUCGCCCAGCUCCACCCACUGGCAUUCGACGCCGUCCUCGGUUCAACACCACCAGCACCGCACGCAGGGGAGCCGCCCGAGCGACCAGAGCCUGCACGGUACUACUAGCUGGUACGAGGCUCAUCAUCAGUCAAGGGGGGCUCGUGACCAGCUGUAA